GCCCCCACCUCUGACACUGCAGCUGCUGUCAAGCCCCUGAAGGAGCGAAGUGCUGGGACCAGGAUGGCCCUGGAUUUUCUGUAUCCUGCAGGAAUGAAGGAGAAAAAUGAGGAAGGUGGAGCUGGAGUAGCUGCAAACGGUUUUCAAUCAGGCCCCGAGCGCUACGAUGGCCCCGAGGCCACUCUGUGCUGCGGGACCUGCAGCUUGCGCUACUGCUGCUCGGCCAGGGAUGCCCGCCUGGACCAGGGCCGGUGCCCUGGGGACCAGCCGCCCAGCCCGAGGCCUCCAGUGCCAGUGCCCAUGUACCUGCCGUUCCUUCUUGUUGGAUCCGUAUUUGUGGCGUUUGUUGUUGGCGGUGCCUGUGUUGGAAUUUGCUGCUGCAAAUGCUUAAAAUCCCAAGAUGAGGAGCAGCCAAGGGGACUUGCACCUGGCCAGACUUGGCUACUAGAACCCCCUCUUCCGUCUCGCCUCUCCAGGUCCAGUUCUGCCACCAGAAGCUCACUGAGUAGUGGGCCUCAGACCAGCAACAUGUGCAUGACUCUAGCUCCAUCCCUUCCUGCUAUUGGGUUGGCUGAAGAUGUGCGGUUCUUAAGUCCUCCACCUACCAGUGGACAACUCUUGCACCCUUCACGUGCCAACCCCAGGAUACCAACUGAGCACACUGCAGUAAUGGCUCCAGCAGCAUUCCUUAAAAGAAUGAUUUAUGGACACAGUGCUAAAGCACCCCCUCUUGGGGUAACACAGGGGGGCCAAAUGAUGUAUGCAGGAGUUCAUGUCUGA